AUGACCGAUAGCCUACACCAUCUGCCCAGCUUCGGGUUGGAGCUGCCCCAAUCCAAGAUCAUCACCGCGGCACUCGCAUUCGCAAAGGACCACUGCAAUGAGCUGACCUACAACCACGCCGUGCGCUCCGCCUACUGGUCGGCCAUCAUCGCCAAAAGAGAUGCUUCCUUUUCCGGAAGCCCGCUGGACCUGGAGCUCGUCGUGCUCAGCUGCAUCCUGCACGACAUGGGAUGGGCCGAGAGCAAGCAGCUCUUGUCUCCGGACAAGCGAUUCGAAGUCGACGGCGCCAACAUUGCCCGCGACUUCAUCAACCAGUUCAACGCGGAGGAUGGCGGCGAUGCCUGGGACCAGAACCGUGUACAGCGCUGCUGGGACGCCAUCGCGCUGCACACGACCUUUAGCAUCGCCCGGCACGCCGCCGUCGAGGUCGCCGUGGCCGCCUGCGGCAUCCUCGCGGAUUUUCAAGGACCGCACUUUCCCUACGGCCCCGGCCACCCGGAUAACCUGAUCACGGCGGACGAGUACCACGCAGUCAUGGGGCUCUUUCCCCGCGCAGGCUUCACCGGCGAGGGCUUGACGAAGCUCAUGUGCGGCAUCUGCCGGGACAAGGGCGCGACGACGUUUGACAACUUCGUCGGCGACUUUGGUGAGCGGUUCGGCGUGGACGGGGCGGGGGCCGGGAAGGCGGCGUUCAGCCGGGCGCGGAGUGACGCGAACGUGGUAAACCUGCUACUCGGCGGCUUGGAUGCGUUGGAGGAGCUGGAUGCUGGCAAGCGGCAAGGUUAG